AUGAACUUCUCUGGCGAAUCGUUCAUCGCACAUUUGAUGUUACAAAGUAAGAUAAUAACUUCUAAAGAUUGGCAAAGGUGUGGAGGACAGAAAGAGUGCCGCUUCAACGUCACAGCGCACGUCCCCAACGCCAUUGAGAAGAAGGAGUUGUGGGAGGACGGAGUCUUGAGGGUCACCUACGACUGCCUAAGGAAAACAGACAUUGUCAGGGUGUGCGACAGUGAAGUGAGUGCACAGUCAGGAUGGUUGCAGACUGUUGGUUAUCCUCAGUAUUACCUGGGAGGCAAUGGGCCCUGCACUAUAACCAUAAAAGUUGAUGAAGGCCAGCAAAUUCAACUCACACUGACGGAUCUCAGUAUAAGAGAUAUAGUCCAGCCAAAUGAGGAUGAAUGUAGAGAUAGUAUCUCAGUGACUGAAGGCAGGAAGGAACUGUUAAAAAUGUGUGGUGAGAUUAAGCAGCCAAUUACAGUUACUUCUGAGGGACCAGUUCUGAGUCUGAACUUCAAUGCAGUCACAGAUGUAUUCCCAAAACGAGGUUAUGCUGCUUACUAUGAAGCUCUGGGCUGCGAAUCGCCACCCAUUCCUGAGGAUGGUUACCGAUCAUUUCGCAAUGCAACUCAUGCUGAAUACUGGUGUUGCGUCCAUCAUGUAUUCCCAGACACUCUAGAGCGUCGUCGAAUAUUGAAAUGCAACCGAGGAAGCUCCUGGAAUGAUACAGUUCCUGACUGCAUUGAGCUUCAAGAAUUGCUGGAAGUUGGUAAUAUCACAGAGAAAGAGUUCACUGGACUUAUUAAUGGAUCUACAAAUGGUGCACAUGCAGAAAUGUAUCAAGAAGCCCACAUAGUAUAUGCCAAGGUAGUAUGUGUCCUUUAG